UAUUUUUAUUUUUAUUAACUUUAAUUGACUCGUAGACUGUUAACUUCUGACGUUCGGGUCACAACUGCAAGACUUGUUUUAAUGGCGCAGUCAUGAAACUUGAAGUUCAAACAAGCUUUGGAGGUUCUCAUGAAAAACUCCAGGAUUUUAGGGAAGUGACCUCACCAACCGGAGGUUGGCAAAGUGCCAAUAAUGGCUGGAGCCGAAGCUGAUGCUGCGACUCUUCUCUUGGAAGGCGCCAACUCCACGACAAGUUUCGAAGGUGGCAACAGCCUUACCCACGACCUCCAGGCUAAUAACACAUUUGUGAACCCGGAUGUGGUCGCACCUGCUCACGUCGACGAGCAGCAAAAUGGGGAGAAUGGGGUGGACGCCACGCCCAGCAUCGAUAUAUUCAUCAACAACGUCGUGUGCACAUUCGGCGUGCGCUGCCACUUGAACUUGAAGAAGAUCGGCAUGGAAGGGGUGAAUGUGGAGUACCGAAGGGAAUACGGGAAAGUUAACAUGAGGUUUCGGAAUCCAGCAGCGACCUGCACAAUAUGGUCGUCAGGAAGGGUAUCCAUCACUGGAAAUAGUAGCGAAGAGGAUGCCAAGAAGACAGCCAGGCGGUGCGCGAGGGCGCUGCAGAAGAUGGGCUUCCGUGUCCGCUUCUGCAACUUCCAAGUGGUCAACGUGUUGGGGACGUGCUCCAUGCCGUUCGGCAUCAAGAUAGCGCAGUUUGCAAUGCAGCACCCACGAGCCGCAAGCUAUGAGCCCGAACUUCAUCCGGCAGUCACCUACAAACUGAAAUCCCCACGGGCCACACUGAAGGUCUUCUCCACUGGGAGCAUCACAGUCACAGCGCCUUGUGUGGAGAACAUCUCACUUGCAAUACAGCACAUCUACCCGCUGGUGGAGCCCCACGCCACCCCGCUACGGGAGGAGGUCGCCCUCAAGAGGAAGAUGAAAAGUGCCAAGAGGCGGAAACGGAGGAAGGUUGACGACAGCGAGGACGACGACUAUGACGACGAUUUGGAAGACGACGACGAUUUUGACAACGUUGAUUCGGCGAACGAUGACGAUUCGGGUGACGAUUCGGAUGAAGAUUCGGAUGAUUUGUGACAGGGCUGCUUUAGUCAACUUUCACUCAGAUGGUAUAUGCAAAGAAGCAAGGCAGACAUGUAAAUUCCAGAACAUUUGUCACAAGAGCAGCGGGUAAUCUCUGUUCUCUGAUUUUGAAGAUCUGGAAGAUUGUGGUGAUCUGUGGGAUUCAGUUCGGAAAAUCCUUUGAGUGAUUUGUAGCAAGGAUGAUUUCUGUUAGACACCGAGAGAAGCGUUUCACUAUUACAUGUACCCAACAAGGAUACUGUCAGCAUGCAUUCUUCCCAGUGUACACGCGUUACACCGCAGUCCUGCAUUGUGUUACCCACGAUCCUGAUUUGUGGAGUGGCUAUGCAUGAAAUAUUCCUUAGCGUAGGUUAUAGUGCUUAGCAACAGACAGCGGGGAACCAGUAAGUACACUGCAUGCCAUUCUGGCCAGUUGUCCAUUUUUUGCCAAUGAAGUCGCUCCUGUGCCAGCAGAUCUCGUCUAACUUCAAGAACCUCUGCGAACUUUGGAACGAAUUGUUUUUUGUUCCUCUCAAAAAUGGGGGGGGCAUAGUCCUAAGAAAAGGGACAAAAGUUUUCAUUUGUGAAUUAUAACAAAAGACGGACUUUUCCUCCUUCGCUUAUCAAAGUGUGUUAAAAGCCGUAAAAUUAUGCACCCCCCCUCAGAAAGCUCUUGGACAGGUUGCUUCAAGAAAUUCCCAAAUAUCUUGGCCCCUUCUUCCGAAAAUUUGUUCCGAAAUCGGUCCUUUUCCUGUAGUCCUACAGACCUUGCUUUAUGGAAGUUUGAAAACAACCAAAACGCUGUGAGGUGAUGCAUGUUUGUCCCACCCCCUUCCACUAGCAAUGACAGACGCAAAAAGACUAACGGUAUGACUCGAUUCGAGAAUGUGAGACGUGAUGGUAAACUCCGUUCCCGUGUUUUGUAACUAGUAAACACAGUCAUCAAAGAAUUCAAACAAAUUGGUUCAUUGAAAGGGUCUCCGAAAAUCAUUUAGACAUUUCAAGUUGUUAAACUCAUAAUCUUACCUUCUCCCCCCAAAAAAAGCUGUCUGAGUUUUCAUUUCUUUCCAGGUUUCCGUGGCGAAGACCACCGUAUUGUUUUUAUUUAUAGUUUGAAAAAGCAUUGAUACCGUUCGUUUUUAUUUAUUGUUUUGGAAAAACAUGUGUACUGCCAUUUCUCAUCGGUAUGAGCAUGUGUGUUAGACGAUAAAGAGAUUUGUAAUGAAGAAAAUUGGUUCCGCAGGAAUGGUUAUCUUCAGUGCUAUUUUAGUAUAAAAUUGUCUGUCUUGAAAGCUUGUUCUAAAGUGAAACCCCCCAAAAAAUGAUGAAUUAUCCCGUACAUAUGCUUAUGUAAUGCUGCAAUUGGAUAAUAGAGAUUUGCAUGGCUGGCAUCUCCAUGGCGUCUCAGAGGCUGUAUUUGUUAUUUUGAUUUAGUUCCAACGAAUGCGAAAAAGGUUUACUGAAGCCUAUCCCCGUGACACACAACUCUUGCCCUCUAUAAAAGCGUUAACGCAUAGCCUCUAUUUGGCACUGGCUAGUUUUGGCUACAUGUGCCCCACAACUCCGUGGUAGGAGGUUAUCAGAGUCGGCCGUAAUUUCUUGGUCUGCUUCUCCAAAUACAUGUAGCAGUGGUUUGCAGUACUGGUUACAUGUAACUGUCAUUCCAAUGCUGAAAUCAAUGCAAGGGCACACUGCAUUGUGGGAAGAGGACGGCAUCCCGAGACUUAGUUACACAUUGAUCACUGCAUCGUAGUACCCUCAACUAAAAUAUUGCAACUCUUUGUUCUUUUCACUAUGAUUUUUCGCAAAUUUUCUUGUUCCGUCCGCUCACAUCGAUGUCACCUGUGCAAUUUCUGGCCAUCAUGAAAGCGUUGUAGCUGGUGAAGAGUUGCAUACAUGUCGUUAUGGAUAUAUGGACCCACGAGCUAGAUGUAGACCUUUUGGUAGACAAACAUUGGGGAUGAACUUGGUCAUAAAUUGCGCCUACACGUAUGAAACCGUAUUUUUGUGUUAAUUAUGCCUCAUGAAUAUUUAUCCUUUUCCUCAGCUUUUCAUUACCGUCUUCAAGGUGUGCUGUUAAUUGUAAAUUAUGCAAUUAGCAUGCUGGCUUGUGAAUAUUCACAUGGUGUGGUACCAGAAAAUAUGACAUUGUUCAGUUACAUGUAGUUAAAAAGUUGAUAUGUGGUUACAAUCUACAUUGUAUUUGGUUAUAACAUGCGUGCAGCAUGACGAUUAUAAAUUGUAUAAAAUGUUGACAAAUAAUCCAUUGGACUUUCAGUUAUGAUCUUUAAGUGAAGUAUUUCAGCCCAUGAAAGUAGUGGCGUAACUGGGGUGCAUUUGGCAGGGGGUUACUUGGGGGAGCCCUUCGGCUUCUAGAGGAGGAAGUUAACGGUUUCGGUUACUGUUCAAACAUACCCAUUUCGGCACUUAAGACUUCCUCAUUGAGCUUCAUAUAAAUUUGUAAUGCAGACAGAACCCACUGACUUGGCCAAGAUGUUGUUUACCGUAUUAGUUAUUUAUAAAAACACAUUGCAUGUUCCUAUGGAGUGUUAUUUGUAGAAACUUUAGAAUUACUGACUUUCGUUUACUGGUAACAUGUGUAUAUAUUUAAGAGGCAACAGUGGCUCUAAAUAAAGAAAUUGACGUUUGUAAAA